GAAAUGGCUUUAUUCCCAGUAGUGUUGUUUCUGGCCAUUUUGCUGCUUCCAUCUGUACCCACAGAAGGAAAGGACCCAUCCUUUACUGCUUUGCUAACCACUCAAACGCAAAUCCAAAAAGAUAUUGUAAAUAAACACAAUGAACUAAGGAAAUCAGUCUCUCCACCUGCCAGCAACAUGCUAAAGAUGGAAUGGAACAGAGAAGCAGCAGCAAAUGCACAAAAGUGGGCAAAUAAGUGCACUUUGGAACACAGUGUGCCAGAGGACCGAAAAACCAGUACAAAAUGUGGUGAGAAUCUCUAUAUGUCAAGUAACCCUGCUCCGUGGUCAGAUGCAAUCCAAAGCUGGUAUGAUGAGCGCCAUAAUUUUGUCUAUGGUGUAGGACCUAAGAGUUCCAAUGCAGUUGUUGGACAUUACACCCAGCUCGUUUGGUACUCUACUUACCAUGUUGGAUGUGGAAUUGCCUAUUGUCCCAAUCAAGAGAAUCUAAAAUACUACUAUGUUUGCCAAUAUUGUCCGGCUGGCAAUAACGUGAGUAAAAAGAAUACCCCUUACCAACAAGGGACACCUUGUGCCAGUUGCCCUGGUAACUGUGACAAUGGACUAUGCACCAACAGUUGCGAGUUUGAAGAUCUCCUUAGUAACUGUGAUUCCUUGAAGAAAACAGCUGGUUGUGGACACGAAUUGCUUAAGGAAAAGUGCAAGGCAACUUGCCUAUGUGAAAACAAAAUUUACUGAGAUGCCCAGUGUGCAUUGCACAGGACUAAGUGAAGAGAGCUGCAACAUUUUAUUGAAACAUACCACAGGGGAAAUUGUAGGCAUGUUAGUUACAAAUAUGGUUCCACUCAGUAAUUCAUCUUUUUUCCUCUCUAUAGAAAUCUCUUUUUAUGCAGAUAUUUACACAAGCAGCAUAGUCUAUGAGGACAACUUUGGACUUUGAUAGAAAUUUGGUACUUUAAACUUAACGAAUUAAGUUGACAAUUUUGUAAAUUGUAUAACCAUAGACCUUAGGUCACUAGAACACUGGAUUAAAAUGGAGAAGUACAUGUUUCCUGAAACAACAUGC